AUGCGGGUUUUGUUGCUAUUAAUGCUCGGAUGUGCCGUUCAGUGCGAACGCAAAGAGCACUUCAUUGAUGGCAUCAAACGACUGGACAUUUCUGUUCAGCACUCGAUCGUGGAAUGCAUACAAAAAAUAACAGACAAUCCGGAGUCAGUUUGGCUGAGCUCUGAGUGGAAUGUAUUGCCCGAAGAAGAACACGACAGACAAAGAUUAUACUCACUAUUAGUUCAGCACAUGAAUGGACUCGUCAGAGAGAGAUAUGACUUAUACAAUAAAAUCACUGAUUUGUCUCUUGAGUUGAACACCAAUUGUCGCAAUGAUUCAAAUGAAGGCAACUCUCUCUUCAUCUCUAGUCUUAAUAUAGCGAAUAGUGUCGGCGACCAGAAGUCACAUCUUAUCGCUGAGUUGGCGGACAUAAAGUCAAAGUUGAGACGAGUUCAGCAAGAAUUAGAAGAGAAGAAUGAAGUGGUUUCAGAGCUGAAGGAACUUCUGGAGCAAAGCAAAGAGUCGUCCAGUAAAUUAAGACACGAGAACCUGGACCUCAUUCAAGAGGCCCGCUCUGUGAAAGCAUAUCGCGAUGAGAUCGAUGUCCUCAAUGAAAAGGUCCGGAAAGUGGAUCACUUGGAAAACGAAGUUCACAGAUAUAGAGACAAAAUGAAUGAAUUGGAGUUUUAUAAGUCGAGAGUCGAGGAACUGAGAGAAGAUAACCGGAUAUUAAGUGAGACAAAAGUGAUGCUCGAAGAACAGCUCGACGUGAACCGCAAGAAAGCCGAUCAGUUGCCAGAACUCGAGGCACAGAUCCUUAAACUCAGCGCUUAUUCCGAUGAAAUGGCGACUCAGAAGGAUUUGGACAGAAGUAAGAUCGAGACAUUUAUUGAGGAAAUCACUCAAUUGAGAUUAGAUAAGAAGUCCAGUGCAGAGGAAUUGACAAAAGUGCAGUCAGAGUUAACUCAUCUGAGAUCUCAAAUGAAAGUGGAUUUAUUGCAACAGAACGGAGAGGGAAACCUAUUGGAACAGAUCAAUAACGACGCCUCCAAAAGGGUCCUCAAACUCGAGUUAGAAAAUCAAAGAUUGCAAUCAUUAGUUGAAAACAUCAAAAACAACCAAAAAUCUGAUUGUGAAAAUCACUUGAAAAGCGGUUCAUCUUCUCUGACACCAUCCGAAAUGUCUGACAAUUCAAUUGAGGGCAAAGUGGAGGAGAGGUUAAGCCCUGAGCCAGAAGUGCAACAAAUGAAUGGUAAACUCGAAAGUUUAGAAUUGAACCAUUCGUGCGAUUGUAAGCAACUGAACGUUAAGAUUACUCAACUGGAGGAAGAAAACAAAGAACUCGAUGAAGAACACAAACGAUUGCAAACUGAGCACAAAAUGUUGCAAAAUAUUUAUAAGAAGUUGAGGACAGAAAAUAACGAUUUGAAACUGAGACACACGUCGCUUCAGGGAGAAACAGCCGAGUGUAGGGAUAGGAUGGCUCUAUUGGACGUGGAGGUGUCCAAACUGGCCAACUAUUGCGAAAUGGUUGCGCUCACAAACAACUCAAUUGAGUGCCACCGCAAGAGACUAAUCAACAAUAUCUCAAACCUAUUGACUCAAUACCAUGACUUGUUGACCGAAAUUGGCGGCGACUCUGAAAAGAUAAUCUCCGAUAAAAUGCAUGACUUGAGCGCUAAAAAGGAGAAGUUGGAUAAAAUGAUCAAAGAAUACGAUUUGACGCUCGAGAAGAAGAAAGUAGUGGUUAAUAAUCAUAAUGUUGUCCGUCGUAUCCACAGGUCAUCAACUGAUCUCUGUUUGUCUAAUAAUCAAAACACGACUCCAAAGGAGCGCUCAAAAGAGCGUAAUUCUGCGCCAAUCGAUAAUAUGGUCGAUGAGGCCAUAUAUGGGCGCAUAUGGGAAGCCGAGACCCCACCGAUCACUUCCAGUACUUCAGCUUUACGUCCGUCCCGUACUAAUAAUACUUUGACGCAAACGAUGGAUCAAAACAAUGGAAAAACAUGUGAUCCUCUAAAUCAGAUCAAAGAAGAGAUAACAGUAACAAAUAGCGAAAACAGUGUGAUAUGUCCGGUGCCGCCUCCUCGGCCUCCGCCGCGGGUGUCGACUACUAUAGAGAAUAAGAUUCAUUUAAGUGUAAUAACUAGUCCUCCGCGGUCUCAAUCCAAUACGACUACAGGUUGUGAGGCAUUGAAUAUGAGUGGAAGACAUUCAUAUAACAACUUCACUCGAGGAACCUUUAAGAGCAAUAGCAUUAACUAUGGCAGUCCUGUACGCAGACAACACAUGCCAUAUAAGAAUGGCAAUCAUCACCCCCACCACUUCCAUCACCUGCACCCCCACUCGGCGUCGCCCUCACUCCUCUCCGACUCGUCUCUAACGCCUUUGGAGGACUCGGAGCUCAGCGACGGAGCCAUUAAUAAUCAACGAUCUCGUCAUUUGAAUAAUUGCGAUAACGUUACUGUCAAUAGCAAUACAACCAAUUCUGUUUGGUAUGAAUAUGGAUGUGUCUGA